GUUAUUUCGGUGGCUUAAGUGAUUCACAGCUGACUGAAACUCCAAAACAGAGACCAAUCACUGAAUGGGAAAACUUUCAAACUCAACCAACUUCAACAUUUGAUGAGCAUCAAACAUUUCCACGUACUGUUGGGAAUCUUCAUUCACAAUCUUUAGGUGAUCAGCAGAAUUUGAUCACAGAGAUGAAUAAUUUUGCAACAUUGAAUCAUUCAACACAAUGGGUACAACAGCCUCAAGUAACAUGUGAAGGACAGUAUAGGAAAUCAAUGUUUCUUGAUGAAACAGUCAAGACAUACUGGCCGAUUUUAAACUCUAACGAAGCACAGGUAGCAUUUAUGAAACAAUAUAAUCAAGAAAAUGCUAUACAUGGUUCCCCAUUACUUCCAGUUUACCAAGAUUAUUUACUAAAACAGAAACAGACAAAUAAUGAAACGAAUAAUGGUACCUUCUCAGAUACUCAGGGUGACAAUCAGAUUGGUAGUUUAGAAGGAAUAUUUCAAGAUUCCAAUGCUGAAGAACAAUUCAAUGGUAUGAACAAAUUAUCAACCAAGGAUAUUCAACUUACAAAUGACCAGGUAACUAUUGUUUAA